AAAGUGAUCUGGCGCUCACAAUUUAAUAAUUUUUAUAAACCAAAACCUUUAAUUACACGUAAUUUAAAAACAAUUUUUGUUCAAAUUCAUCACACCUACAUAUACCAAAUAAAAUUGUAAUACUGAAAGAAUUUUAAGUAUGCUGGUAAUUAAUUAAUAGAAAAAGUUAGGUUACUGUUACGUCGCCAUAUUUCGUCAAAAUUUCUUUGCAUGUUUAAAAAUUUUGGUUAUUUAGCUUUAAAACAAGACGAAACCUACUAUGACUCGAGCUAACAUAGAAUUGGGAAAUGUAACACCACACAACAUCCAACAGUUAAAACGACUAAACAGUGUCGUAUUUCCCGUUUCGUAUAAUGACAAAUUCUAUAAAGAUGUACUGGAAGCUGGUGAACUCGCCAAAUUGGCUUACUACAAUGAUAUUGUUGUGGGAGCAGUGUGCUGUCGGAUUGACAAUUCUGAAAAGACUAGGAGACUGUAUAUCAUGACUUUAGGCUGUCUAUAUCCCUACAGAAGAUUAGGUAUUGGAACUCUGAUGGUACAACACGUCUUAAAUUAUGUGGAACAGGAUGGAAACUUUGAUAGUAUAUUCUUGCAUGUACAAGUUAACAAUGAAGGGGCUAUUGAUUUUUACAAGAAAUUUGGUUUUGAGAUUGUGGAGACAAAAGAACACUACUACAAGAGAAUAGAGCCAGCAGAUGCUCAUGUCUUACAAAAAACAUUACGCAAAGGCCAAACCAAUGGAGUCAGUGAAUAAAUAAAUCUAGUUAUUAAUAAUUAAACGUGGAAAAAAUUUUUGUUACAGUAUUUUUUUAUUGAUUGUUUAACGUUUUACAAUGGCAUAUAUUUGUUUUUUUUUUUCCUGUUUCUGUACAUAACUAUGAAUAAAGUCACUUUUUGCUAAGUUA